ACGUGAGCAUAUUGCCUUGUUUCUGACUAUAUUUGUAUUGUUCCCCCGGUUUUAAUCGAAUGAUUUGUGGGGUUGAACAGAACUACAGAAGAGUGGGGUUUUGAUUUGGCAGUUUCCUAGGCAGAAGUGUUUGUAUUUGCCUUACUUUCGUUGGAAAGUGAUUGCGUUUGCACUUUUCAAGUGUCUUUAUCCUCUCAUUUUUGCAGUAUUUUAGGACUCUGCAGUGCAAAUUUUUGUAUACUUUAUACUUCAUUAGCUCAUAGUUUGUGAAAACUGAAAUGAUGAUUGCUUUUGAGUUUAGAGAUCAUUUGGAGAGGUGGGUCUGCUCUUAUAUUGGGCCUUUGAGUAUAAAUAUUGAACUUUUUUGAAAAUCUUGUGUUUUGGAGAGGAGGGGAAUGAGAGGUGUAUUGAUAGGAUUGAGACAACAAUGGCUACAGGGUCAUUGGGUCUUCGUUCUUCUGGAAGUUAUGGAUCUCUGCAGCAAAACCAUUUCAUAAGCUCUUCAUUUCCUAUCCCACCAAGAAAACCUCUGAAGACAUUUAAGGAGAAAGAAGGAUGGUUUCAUAGGAUCCUCAAAUUUGCAGCUAGAAAGAAGGUUGGCUUGCUGCUCUUGUGUGCUGUUUCUGCUGCAGUGUUUGUUUGGGUCUUGUAUGUAGACAAAGGUGAAGAUGCCCGAGGACCUGAAAUUCCUACAAUCAGUAUUAAUGCUACUAUGAAAGAUAGAGAAAAUUCUAUAGAACCUGAAGAAAAAAAUAAUAUUCAUAAAACUUUGCUGGCGAAACCAAAUAAUAACAAAGGAAUUGCAUCAACCGAUCAGCCUCCUUCUCUUCCUCGUGUGUAUUUUACGGGAUACACACUUCCUCCCGGAAAUCCUUGUGAAGGUUUCACAUUACCUCCACCGCCUGCAGAUAAGAAGAGAACUGGACCAAGGCCAUGCCCAGUGUGUUACCUUCCUGUGGAAGAAGCUAUUGCAUUAAUGCCAACUGCACCGUCUUUUUCCCCUGUUUUGUAUUUAAACUAUAUACAUGAAGAAACUCCAAGUACAAAUGAGUUCGGAGGUUCGGAAUUUGGUGGAUAUCCCUCAUUGAGGCAAAGGGAUGAGUCCUAUGAUAUACGAGAGUCGAUGAGUGUGCAUUGUGGAUUUGUCAAAGGGGUCAAACCUGGACGUGCUACAAGUUUUGACAUUGAUGAUAAGGACCUCGAUGAGAUGGAAGCUUGUGAAGGUGUGGUGGUUGCAUCAGCAAUAUUUGGGGCCUUUGAUCUAAUACACCAACCGAAGAACAUAAGUGAAUAUGCUCGGGAAAAUGUGUGCUUCUAUAUGUUUGUGGAUGAGGGAACAGAAGCAUUCCUAAGAAAUUCGGGUGACCUGAAUAGUAGCUCGAGAAUUGGAUUAUGGAGAAUUGUCGUUGUUCACAAUCUACCUUAUUCUGAUGCAAGGCGCAAUGGGAAGAUUCCGAAGCUUCUACUUCAUAGGUUAUUCCCAAAUUCCCGCUAUUCUCUGUGGAUUGAUGGAAAACUCGAACUAGUUGUGGAUCCAUAUCAAAUACUCGAAAGGUUCUUGUGGAGAAGAAAUGCCAGUUUUGCAAUAUCAAGGCACUAUAAGCGCUUUGAUGUGUUUGCGGAAGCAGAAGCUAAUAAGGCAGCCGGGAAGUUUGACAAUGCUUCCAUCGAUCUCCAGGUUGAAUUCUACAAAAAGGAGGGCCUAACGCCAUUUUCUGCCGCUAAAUUCCCAAUCACAAGUGAUGUGCCCGAGGGAUGUGUGAUUAUUCGUGAGCACAUUCCCAUUUCCAACCUCUUCACUUGUCUCUGGUUCAACGAAGUAGACCGGUUCACCCCGAGGGACCAGAUUAGCUUCUCCACGGUGAGGGACAAGAUCAGGUCGAGAACAAACUGGAAUGUGGAGAUGUUCCUGGAUUGCGAAAGGCGCAACUUUGUUGUUCAGGGGUACCAUAGAGAUAUUCUCGAGCACCAGGCUCCCCCACCUCCACCCCACGCCACCAUUCGUGAUCGAGCUCUUAAGACAUCAAAGUAUAGUGGUGCAACUGCAAAGCUUCUGGCUAGGCGCAUUGGAGACCCGAGGUCCAGACAUCGCCAAGAGUAACGAUUACUGGCCUAAUCGAAACUUCAUUUAGGCAUCUUCUUAUUCUUAUUCUUUCCUUCCCCUUGUCCAGAAUAGGAACUGAGACAAGCUUAUUUUUCCUUAGAGCCUCUUAGAGAAGUAUAGUUAAUUCAUCCAUUGUUGUAAAAUGUGUGUGUAUAUGAUAUAUGGAACCAUAUCAAUGAGGCUGUACUUGAACUUUCACAUGGUCACAACUGUACAUAAAAAUAUAGCCAUUUAUAAAGGUUCAAAAGAUCUUAUUGGAAAUUUUCGCA